AUUGCAAUAAAUGUUUUUUUUUCAUUCAAAUUCAAUUGGGUCACAUAUCCAUGCGCCCUCGUUCAAUGGUUUGACAAGGUUGGUGACCAUGCUGACGAGGAUACCAGCAUGUGGAUAGUCCGUCCAAGCGUUCAUGACGAUGGCACCCCAAACUUCGCUGUUAUUCAUCUCAAGACAGUCUACCGAGAAGUGCACUUAAUCCCUGUCUAUGAAUGCAAUUUCAUUCCUAAUAACAUCCAGUACUUUCAUUCUUAUGAUGCUUUCUGCUCAUACUAUGUCAACAAAUUUGCAGAUCACCAUGCCUUCGAGAUAGCAUCAUAA